GUGUGGACCAUUUUUCCAAUAAAGUUUGAACACGAAAUCAAGAAAAAUAGUAGCUCCCCCGAAAAAUCACACGGUUAAGCAACUUGUAAGUGAAGAUAGAUUUUUCUUUUUUUUCCAAAAAAAAAGUCCCUCUAUAAAACCCUCCAUCAAGCUCCGCUCAUAACAUUCAUUCAUCACCAUCUCAAUUCUACCCCCAAAAAACUCAAAUAAAAAAUGAAUACCCACAACCCGGAACCCGGAUCCGCCAAGUACCCGGAAGUGCCCUCUUCUUCCUCCGAGAAAUGGGGGACCCACGUGAUGGGGACUCCGGCGGUGCCCACGUGUCACCCCAACAAUCAAAAGGCCGCCCUUUGGGGCGCCGGCGACCAAAAGGAGUACCAAAACCACCACCAACCCUACAUCCAAUACACUCCGAUCGAGAGGUCCGCCGGCGACGGGCCACUGGAUUCGGUCCUCCACAAGUUCAACUCUUGGAGCGCCAAGGCUGAGUCCACCGCCCACAACAUCUGGCACAACCUUAAGACUGGGUCAUCGGUGUCUGAGGCGGCCUGGGGGAAGCUCAACCUUGGGGCGAAGACCAUUACUGGAGGUGGGUUCGAAGCUCUGUACAAGCAAACAUUCGCAACUUAUCCAAACGAGACGCUCAAGAAGACUUUCGCGUGCUACCUAUCGACAUCCACCGGCCCAGUUGCCGGGACUCUGUAUUUGUCCAACGUGCACCUUGCUUUCUGCAGUGAUCGCCCCUUGUCCUUCACAGCCCCAUCCGGACAGCUCACGUGGAGCUACUACAAGAUAUUGAUACCUUUGCCCAUGAUUGGGAGCAUAAACCCGGUGAUCAUGAGGGAUAAUCCGCCGAGGGAGAGGUACAUACAGAUUGUCACCACUGAUGGCCACGACUUUUGGUUCAUGGGCUUCGUCAAUUACGAAAAAGCCAGUCAUCAUCUCUUUGAGGCCCUCUCCUCUUUUGCCGCACCUGGAAUUCCAAUGCCACAGACCUCAGAGCAUCAUUAAUUGAGCUUGUUUUGCUUCUUCUGUAUUAUUCUAUGUUCUUUUGGGAUGUUUGUUUGUUAAUAUAUUUGAUAGUCAGCACUUGUUCUCAAUAAAAGUUGAAUGCUAGUAUAGCUUUGAUGCACUUGUUAAUAUAUUUGAUAGUCAGCACUUGUUCUUUUGUUAAUAUUAUUCUAUGCUAGCCUUCUUACAUACA